UUUUUCCAGGCUCACUUGGAGGAUCUUGCGGAGAAAGAUGCCACAGAGAAAUCUGAUGCCGCCAGAGAAGCAUUUUUGGCAGAACUUGCUCUUGAUUCUAAGAAGGGCAGCAGCGGAGGAAGUGAUAAUGCUCGUCAUAUGCAUGAGAAAACAAAGGAUAAGAAAAAGAGCAAGGAUUUUCGAAAAGCCAAGGAUUCAAAGGCUAAUAGUGGCAGUGAGCUACAUAUGCUUUCCUCAGAGACUACUAAAGAAAUGUUUUGUUGCAGCUCAUAUCCAGUCACACACGAGGGAGAAGAUAUACAUGCUGAGAUAGUGAAUGCUGGAAAUGGUGACACCUUAGAACAAGAGGAAGAGGAAUUCAGGCGUAGAAUUGAGCUUGAAGCUGAGGAGAGAAAGCUAGAAGAAACUUUGGAAUAUCAAAGGCGUAUUGAAAAUGAAGCUAAACAGAAGCAUCUAGCUGAGCAACAUAAGAGAACUGUGGGGAUAAAUCCAGAAAAAGUUGCAGCAAUUGCUCACUCUGAUACUUACUUGAAGCAACAGCAAGAUGAUCAUGAUGUCAAUGUCCAAUGGAAAUAUAGAAAAAAAAGAACCCAUGGUACAGAGGAAUGGAUUUUCAAAUGCCAUGGAAGGUUUUCCAGAGGAUGGUGUUGGAGGAGUUGGACAAAAAGCUGGCUUGCCCAACGGGGGAAGCUUAGAGGAUGGCCUUUUGCCUCUGAUCGACGGUCAGGAAGGAGAAAUAGACGGCAAAAAUGUGCAACUAGACUUAACCAGCCCGUGCUAUCAGAAAAGGAAAACUUGGAAUUGAAAACCUUGGAUGAAGCACAUGAUGAUGCAACAAAGACAUUGAGACAACUACAGGCAGAGGAGGAUGCUGAAGAAAGGUUCCAAGCUGACCUCAAGAAAGCUGUACGCCAAAUUCUUGAUUCUUUUCACGCGCAUCAGAAAUUGCCUCUUGCAGCGAAGUUGGGAAUGCCACCCAAAACCUUUCCUGCAACAACUGACUCAGUCAUUUAAGCUGAUGAGAUCAUGACUGAAACCUUAGAUCAGAUGGAUGUAUAUGGUACAGGGUUAAAGAAUGAAAUUGGCGAAUACAAUUGCUUUUUAAAUGUCAUUAUUCAGUCUUUGUGGCACUUACAAUGGUUUCGAGAUGAAUUUUUGAGGAGGUCAUUAUCAGAACAUGUACAUGUUGGGGAUCCUUGUGUUGUAUGUGCAUUAUAUGAUAUUUUUUCUGCUCUGAACACUGCUUCAGUGGAUGCACGAAGAGAAGCUGUUGCCCCUACUUCCCUGAGAAUUGCUCUUAGCAACCUCUAUCCGGAUAUUAAUUUCUUCCAAGAA